AUAACGCCAUCUAUAAAUAAACAGUGAAACGAUGGCAGCUCGUGGACAGAGUUUGCUUCGAGGACUUAGUUUAAGAAGCAACUUUGGCUUGUUUAAAACACUCCACAUAAGACGCCAGUGUAUACAGUUCAGAAGAACCUUUAGAACUCCCAACAGUUGGUAUAGGGGUUGGGAUAAACGAUUUUUAACAUUUACUUCUACAAGGAGUAUACAUUCUACACCAGCUGCUCUAGGAGAAGUUGUCCAGUUCAACUUAUCAGACAUUGGAGAAGGUAUACGAGAAGUUACAAUCAAAGAAUGGUUUGUGAGUGUAGGGGACCAAGUGAACCAGUUUGACAGUAUCUGUGAGGUACAGAGUGACAAGGCUUCAGUGACCAUCACCAGCCGUUAUGAUGGGGUGAUAAAGAAGAUCUACCAUGAGGUGGAUGACAUAGCAGAUGUGGGGAAACCUCUUGUUGAUAUAGAAUUGCAGGGGGAAGCUGAGGACAUUGGUCAGUUAGAGGACCAGGAUGAUGUGGAGGUGUCAUCAGGUGACCAAUACACCAUGCAAGAGGUUAAGGGUCACAAGGUGCUUGCUACACCAGCAGUAAGAAGAAUUGCUCAAGAACACAGUGUGAAAUUAAGUGAUGUUCCUGGAACUGGAAAAGAAGGAAGGAUAUUAAAAGAAGAUAUACUUAAAUAUAUUGAAGACAAAAAAGCUGGAAAAGAAGCAGCAGCUCCAAUCUCCACACCCCCUAAACCACCACCCCCUGCAUUCACCCCAGAGAUUGUUGUCCCACCCCCUUCUGCUACCCCUACACCCCCUCCAGUGUACGUCCCCCCACAAGUCAUUGGUGAAGAUACUAAGGUCCCAGUGAAGGGCGUGCGUAAGGCUAUGGUGAAGACCAUGGUAGCAGCCAAUUCCAUCCCACACUUUGGAUAUUGUGAUGAAGUGGACUUGUCAGCACUGAUUUCUUUAAGGGAGACUGUGAAAGCUGCUGUUCAGCAAAGGGGAGUCAAGUUCUCCUUCAUGCCUGUCUUUGUUAAGGCAGCUUCAUUGGCUCUACUACAGUUUCCCUCAUUAAAUGCACAUGUAGAUGAUAAUUGUGAAAAAUUUUAAUGAUUUACAUUUCAGGCAUCGCAUAACAUCAGUCUAGCCAUGGACACCCCAGCUGGACUCCUUGUUCCAAACAUAAAGAAUGUCCAGGCACUGACCACAUUCCAAGUGGCCACAGAGUUAAACAGACUAAUGGUGCUUGGGGCAGAAGGAAAGUUAGGGCAGGAUGAUCUGGCUGGGGGCACUUUUUCUCUCUCAAAUAUAGGUGUUAUUGGUGGUACAUAUGCCAAACCAGUGUUACUGCCUCCACAAGUUGCUAUAGGUGCUUUAGGAAAAAUACAGGUGUUGCCCCGUUUUGAUGCUCAAGACAAAGUGGUAAAGGCACACAUCAUGCAGGUGAGCUGGUCAGCUGAUCACAGGGUGGUAGAUGGCGCCACAAUGGCGAGAUACUCAAAUUUAUGGAAAAGUUACUUGGAAAACCCUGCCAGCAUGAUAUUGGAUUUGAAAUGAGAUGUGUGCAAGUGGCAGCUACACAAAUGACGCUCACAACUAGUGAAUAAGUGACAGAAUUUGUCGGAUAUAAAGAAAAAAUAUCUAUUUAUUCUAUCUUGCCUUUUGUAGGGAUUAUUGGGGUUUGAACACUUGCAAAAAUAUGAUAAUACUGAUACAUAGUAUCUUUGUAUUGUUGUAUAUCAUAAAGAAAUGCUAUGGAAAAGGUUAAUUGGAAAUGCAAAAACAUGACAACCAGGAAGGGAUUUAAAAAUGCAAGUUCUCUGAUUGGAUUACAGCUGAUGACGAAAGACAUUUUCACAUGGGGCAUUCUAUUUUAGUGAUCUAUCUUUAAUAUUUUAUUUAUUUAUUUAUUUUUGCAAGAUUGACAGCUUUUUAGCUCAGAUAUUAUGUCAGAGAAUCAAUGGAAUCCCCUGGGCUUAACAGGGUCAUUUAAUGAUUAAUUGCUAGUUUCCACUCUUUGGUCAUUGCCAAAUUUUUACUGUGUUAAGGAGAAUAUGCUCUCUAAGUGUACUUGUAACCUUAUUACAUGGCCAGACAUCUCUUUCGCAGCUGAUGUACAAGUUAUCUUGCUAUAAACAGGGAUUAUCAUGGCAUAUAACAGUAUCAUGACUUGGCUCUCACAUAUUGUGGUGGAGAUGAAGAUAAUUUAUUUUGCAUAAUACAUGCUAAUAUAUAAUACAUUGGGUUCUGAUUGUGUUCAAUCAUGCUGUUCAUUUAGUAAAGGAUUCAACUUGAAAUGAUAAUGUACCUAAAUUAUAUGAUAUAGUUUGAAACUAUACCCUACAUACAAAUAUAUUACUCUGGAUGAACAAAGGGCUACCUCUUGAAAGCUGACAAUUAUGUCUGUGGAACAACAAUUAUGCUGUGAGCCAUAAAUUUGCCAGCAAGACAUUCAUGAUCAGCAUUGUGAAUGCUACACAUUUUAUAUUGUGCAUUUGAAGCAUUAAAAACAAAUGUUACUAGUCAUUUUCUAGUUUUUACCAGUGCUGAAGAUUGCAUGUUUCACUCGGAGUUAAAGUCAAGAGAACAAAAUUGAAGAGAUUGUGGCUUCAUGACACAUUUGUAAUAAAAAAAAUACUACAAUACCACUCUGCUUCAAAGAAUAACAAUGUGCAUCAGUGUCUCUAAUAACC